CACGAAUCAUUUACAAUAAUAAGCUUGGAAACCUAGCCCGCAAGCGUGCAGAGCAAGACAUGUACCCUAGUCUGCGGUGACACGAGCUGGCUGACGUCAAGCAGCGCAAGGGAGGAGAUGGAGACGGAGAUGCUACACGUAUACGUGCUCGACAACAGCGAUGCGAGCUGCCGUAGUGAAGAUUACAACAACAGCUCACGGCUGCUAUGGCAACAAGAGGUGGUUCGCACCCUCAGUAGGGCAUUCUUGGCCCCGCGGCUGACUGACGACGAACCAGCCCUCGCAAAUGACAGCCUAGCUGUAGUUUCAAGCGGCGGGAAGCCGCUGACGAGGAUCCCGCCUACGAAAGACUCGGCUUCGCUACUCAGCCUCGACUUGGCGUGCUACUUGGGGGAGCAGUGCCAGUUCCUGCCGGCCCUGCGCGUGGCGCUCCUCGCGGCGAAGCGGGCCCAGACAGCACGCGUGCUGGCGUUCCUUGCAUCCGAGGCGACGCUACCCGCAGAGCAAUGCAGCCAGCUCAGCCGCGCGUUUGCUGAUGCGCGCGUGGGGCUUGACGUGGUGCUCCUCACGCCCCAGGGCGAGCUGCCUACAGCUGCACUUGAAUCACUGCAGGUGCUUACGGCUGCCGCCACUUAUCCGGCAUCCCCGGCACCUGCUCCGGCAGCAGCAGGCGCACCGGCAGCAGGUGCACGGGCACCAGGACGCCCGGGCGCGCCGCGACGGCCUGCGGGCGCCUCCUCCGGAGCUGCGGUGGCCGAUGGCUCUAGCCAAGCUGCCGCCUCGGCGGCGGCGUCAGGAGCUGCGGCAGCCGCGGCUGGCGCUAGCGGCAGCAGCAGAUGCCUAGGCCAGAGGCUCAUACACGUUCCCCCUCCAGACCCGGCACUAGCGUUAUGGCAGCAGCUGGAGCCGCUGCUGGAGGUGCUGCAGCCGGAGGUGUCACGGCACGAGGGCGGCGGCACGGAGGAGGCACGCGAAUCGGACGAGGCCGAUCAGUCCGGCAGUGGCAGUAGCAGCAGCACCUCCGGGCGGCCACCGCUUCCGCGCCCGCCGCGCGCGGGCAGCAUCGCUGCCGGCGCACCCACGUCGUUGCGCUCGGGCGUCGGCGCGCCCACCAGCUCGCGCGCGGGCCUGCCGUCAUCCGGGCCGCUGCCCGGCCGCAGCGGCGGCCUGCAGCGGUCGGGCCGGGCGGGGCUACCGUCGGGGCCGUGCCGUUAUGAGUCGCUGGACUCGCUGCAGCACCUCUCUCUGGACGGGUUCCUCCGCAGCUGGCUGCCCAGCUACGCCAACGUCGGCAAGGUGCUGCUGCAGCCGCAGCCGGGCGCAGCGAGCGGCAGCGGCGGCGGCAGCGGUGGCGCGGGCGGCUCAAGCGCGGGCACGGCCUCAGGCGCGGCAUCUGGGUCGUUGGGCGCGGGCGGCGGCGCGGCAGGGUUUGGCGCGGCCAAGCUGUGCUACAUCAGCGUGUACCGGCUGCAGCUGCCGCGCUGGCAUAAAAUCCUGGAGGUGCACGCCGGCUGCUGCCGAGAGCUGGACGCACCUGAUGCGGAGCAGAUGCUGGGCCAGCAAAGGCAAGGCCCGGACGCGGCGACGGCGGCGGCGGUUACACAGGUGCCGCCAGCAGCGGAGCCGCCUGCCAGCGUGCUGGACUGGGCGCCGCCGCCGCGACCGUCGGUAGCGCGUGCGCCCAACCCAGUUCAGGUGUCCUUCAGCACGAGCUGCUCCUCCGCCGCAGCUGCUGCUGCAACCGGUGACGGCGGCUCGCCGCGGCCCAAGAACUGGGUGUGCCCCGAUGCGCGCCGCGGCACGCUGACGAUGGUCGCAUCGGUGGAGAACCCGGGCACCGUUAAGCUCCUGUGGAGCGAGCGGCGCGCCGGUGGCACGGAUGACACCGGCGGCGGUGCACGUGCGUACGGCAGCAUCUUUGAGGUCAGCGAGCCGGGUGACGUAGACGUGCAGGUUUCCAGCGCGGAGCUUGAUCUGACGCUGUCGCCGACCAAGACAGAGUUCAGGAUUGUGCCGCACGUUUCGGGCGGCGUAGUGCUGGAGGUCAGCGCACCGCGGAACGUGGUGUACAGGCCGCCGGCGACAGCCUCUGGCUCCGCCUCGGCCUCGGCAGGCGGUGCGCAGCCUCAGCCCUCCAGCGGCGGCGGCGCGGCCGAUGCCCGGUCUGGGCCCCGUGACGGCAAGCGGUUCUUCUUCUGGCUACAGCAGGAGUUCUGCCCCGACCAGCGCUACCCGCCUGGAGACACAGGGCCCUCCUCCUAUUUCUCCUCCCCACCGUCCGGCGCCACCUCGCCCUCCGGCUCCACGUCUGGUGCUGACGCCUCCGACAGCAGCGGCAGCAACAGCAGCGAAGGCAAGGCCGACUCCUCGGGGAGCGGCGCCAGCGUAGGUAGCAGCAGCGGAGUGGCCGUCACAGUCGCCGGCACGGCGCGCACGGGCGGCGCAGGCUACCCAAGCUGGCGGGGCCGGUCCGGCGGGAAUGUGGGCGAGAUGGGCGGUCUGGCGCUGGCGCGGCGGUUGCAGGACCUUAUGGAGCUGCCUCCCGAGUUUGACCCACACAAGCAAAGCAACCGCGUCAGGUGUAACACUACGCCGCUGCAGCUGGGCCCUCUGCCGUUGCAGCUGGUGGAGGAGAUCAUGCGCGCCAGCGGCCGCGAGCUGAACGCUGACGGCACCAUCACCACGCGGGCGGCUGGCGGCGGCGACGGCGGCGGGCGGUCACCUGUGAGCGCGGCCGCCAGCGCCGUGGCCGGCAUGAUGCGGUCCAUCCUGGUGCCCAGGACACCGGCGCGGCCGCCAGGAAGCGCGGCUUCGCAGACCGCCGCUGCGGCACGCAGUGUGACGAGCGGCGAGCGCAAGAGCGACGCGCAGCAGGCGGGAAGCAACAGCACGGACGAGGGCCGCAGCCACCGCGACGGCCACCAUCACCGUCAUCACCACGCCUUCCAGUCGCGGUCAGCGGCUGCGGGUAUGCAAGCCGCGGGGUCUACUGCUUCUGGCGCUGCCGCAGCCGGAACGCCACCGUCCACGUUGGCCGUGGCAUCGCAGGCUAGGCUCACACCGGCUGCUAUGGCAGUGCCGUCGUCGGCAACCGCAUGCGCAGCCGUCGGGGGUGGCGCUGUUGCACACGCGAGAGGCGCCGCCCCAACAGCAGUCGCAUCUGCUGCCGCUGCUGCGAUGUCGUCUCAUCCGCUGGACGACCUGGGCAGCGACUGGGAGGAUGACGUCGACGAGGACGGCGAGCAGUCCAUGGCUGUGGAUGCCGGGCCAUUAGGCACAAUGGCAGAAGCGGUGACUGCAGCUGCGCCGGUGGCACAGGGCCCCAGGGCCGGCGGUGCGGCAGGAGCUCUGGUCCCGGAACCGGUGGCACCAGACCACCGGCAGCCACCGCGCGCCAGUGGCGUUGAGAGUGCGGCGUGCGGCUUCGCGGCCGUGUCCUCGCUCCCUGCAGCGGCCGCCGCCGCCGCCGCGGCCUCAAGUGCGUCGCUGGUGGCUGCCGCUACUGUGGACGCGGCGGCGGACGGCAGCAGCUCCUGCGCAGAGGAUGCGUCUUUAAUGUUUGAGCUGGAUUGAGCGGGCCACUUUUUCAUGGCAUAACAUGCGACUACCUAGAGCAUCACGCUGCCUGCGCUUGGCGGCAUUGUAACACGUAGGGCAGGAGGGCACGAAUGUUUUUAGCCAUGGGGGGCGGGCAUCCCAGGUCGGCACGUUUGGGGUGGAGCGGGCGUGCAUUCCACAGUUCCGGUAUUGACCUGGAGGUGCAGAAUGACUGUGUUUUGCUCGUCAAUGGCGUUGUGGUCAAUUGGUGGGGCAGCGGCUAUUGUACACCGAGGAAUAGCGGACAGCACAGGUUGCCUUUUGUAGGCACGUCAUGCAAUGCUCGCUGUGAAUGUGCAGCAUGCUAGUGACGGAGGCCGUGUACCAUACAGCGCAGGUUACGGGGCGGCAGCAGAACUGGGUAGCACAGGCAUGCCCUGUGGUAUGCAGAGGAUAGGGAGUUAGAGACACUGAGUUUCUGCAUCGCAGGGCGGGCACAAAAGUUGUAUGUUGCCUCAAAGCAGCUAUGGAGUUGGAGCGGACUGUUGGGAGAGUUGCGUUGAUGUGCGACAGGGUUGGAGCUUACCGGUUGUCGCAUGCGAGCUGUCCAGGCCUGUAGUUUAUUCCGCACUAGCCGUCUGACACCGCUCCGGUUAUCGCAUGUACUAUGCGUAGGCGGUAGGUCACGCGCACACCGUAAGUGCAUCGUGUCUUUGGUGUGCAAGCACGGCAAACAAGACGAGGACCAGGGACGCCCUGCCGUCAGGCCGAGGUCCCUACGGAGCUGUAAGCUUGUCAGCGAUGGUCCGCUGGGCGAGAAGCCGUAUCUAGUACAAGACUACAAGCAUGAAACAUGGCCCUAGCCCUGGGUCCUGGGCACGCUAGACACCCCUAAAC